AUGGACCCGUAUACGUUUGAACUUGUCCCCCAGCAGGAAGAGAACACUCCCGGUUCCAUUUCUCCCCAACCAGCGCUUGUUCGUCCUGGUGAUGUCCCCACGUGGGAUUCUUCUCUGUGGGUGUGUUACCAGCCGCAUUAUGUGAAUAGAAACAAUGCACAGUAUCUUGUUGUCAACAACGGCAACAACGACGCUCAGGCGGUACCCACGGCAUCUUUCGGACCUGCGAACUAUACCACGAACACCACCCCUCUUGUGGCUCCCUUCACACAGGAACCAAAUUGGCAGGAGCCUCUUGAGCCCGGAGUCAUAGACAAUGGCGUCAACAGCGACGAAAACUCGGAUGUCCAUCAUCAGCUACGUGAACAAGAGUGA